UCUCAGCGGUGAAGUCAGACACUAUUCAGUGGAAGUUUGGUCAUGUCUGGACUGCUGGGUGUUCGACUGCUGCUGCUGUGGGCCAGCGCCUGCCUCACACUGGCCAGCCUGGCCCGGGGCGCUGUGGUCAUCUCCAGAGGCAAUGAGGCUCUGCAGGAGACAGGAGCUGCCAGACCACUACAGAAAAGAAGCACAAACAAUGCCAUGGUGGAGGUACACAGUGUGAAGGUGGACUGCACUGUGACGUCUCGUUUCGCCCACACCGUCAUGACCUCUACGGCUCUGAACAAAGCAAACACCUCACAGGAAAUCUUCUUCGAAGUGGAGCUACCAAAGACUGCCUUUAUCACCAACUUCAGCAUGGAAAUUGAAGGUCAGGUGUAUGUUGGGGAAGUGAAGGAGAAAGAGAAAGCCAAGAAACAGUAUGAGAAAGCUGUUUCCACUGGACAAACUGCUGGACUGGUCAAAGCUUCUGGGAGAAAGAUGGAGAAGUUUUCUGUGUCCGUCAACAUUGCAGCCCAAAGUAAUGUGACUUUUUCUCUGACUUAUGAGGAGCUCCUUCAGAGGAAACUGGGCAAAUAUGAGCUUCUGACACGAGUUAAACCCAAACAGCGGGUCCAGGAGUUUGAGAUUGUGACAAACAUCUAUGAGCCACAGGGCAUUGCUUUUGUUGAUGCCCAUGCAAGCUUCCUCACCAACGACCUGCUCCCCCUGGUGGAAAAAACUGUCACAGACAAAAAGGCACACAUCUCUUUCUCACCAACGAUGGAGCAGCAGAGGAGCUGUUCUGACUGUGAUGGGACGCUCAUUGAUGGAGAUUUUAUCAUCAAGUAUGACGUGAAACGAGCAGCCAGCAUUGGGGACAUUCAGAUUGUGAACGGGUACUUUGUACACUUUUUUGCUCCGCCUGACCUGACCAGAGUCCCGAAGAACGUGGUGUUUGUGAUUGACAGGAGUGGAUCAAUGUCUGGAAGAAAGAUGCAACAGACACGACAGGCGAUGCAGGCCAUCCUUAAAGACAUCCAUGAGGAGGACUACUUUGCCUUGGUGCCGUUUGAUCACAAUGUCGAGCCGUGGAGAGAAACGCUUUCCAAAGCAACACCAGAAAACCUGAAGGAAGCCGAGGCCUUCGUCAGUGGAAUAGAAAGCCGCGGAUCAACCAACAUGAGAGAUGCAAUGAUAAAAGGUGUGGAAAUACUGAUCACAGACAGACGAGAGAAAAGGAUCCCAGAGAGGAGCGUCGAUAUGAUUAUUGCACUGACUGAUGGAAUGCCAGAUGGGGGUAGGAGUAGCCUUGGUGUGAUCCAGGAGAAUGUGCGCUCUGCUUCUGGAGGAAACAUUUCUGUGUACUGUCUUGGAUUUGGAAAUGAUGUGGAUUACUCCUUCCUGGAUCAGUUGAGCAAACAAAAUAAAGGACUGGCCCGUAGAAUUUAUGAAGGAUCAGAUGCUGUACUUCAACUUCAGGGUUUCUAUGAGGAGGUUGCUAGCCCUCUUCUCAUGGAGGUGGACCUGCGUUAUCCUGACAACGCUGUAGACUUUCUUACCACCAACCACUUCGACCAGCUGUAUAACGGUUCAGAGAUCGUGGUGGCCGGUCGACUGGUGGACAAUGACCUCAACAACUUCCUGGUGGAAGUGUUUGGCCAGGGGCUUGAAGAGGACUUUAAGGUGCAGGGACAGGCUGGUACUGUGGACUGGGAUGUGAUAUACCCAGAUGAGGAGUACAUCUUUGGAGAUUAUACAGAGCGUCUGUGGGCCUAUCUCACCAUCCAGCAGCUACUGGAGAAAAGUAAGACAGGUUCCGACGAUGAUAAACAAAAUGCCACAGCAAAGGCCCUGGACAUGUCCUUACAAUACAGCUUUGUCACCCCUCUCACCUCCAUGGUGGUCACCAAGCCUGAAACUGAGGACGGAACGGACAGCCCACUCAUUGCUGACAAACUUACUGAGGAGCAAAGACAAGAGGCAGAAAGAAGGAACCGUUAUUCUGCUCCUCCUCCUCCAAGUUAUCUACACUAUGCUCAAAUACCACCCUCCUAUUUUGUGGAUGGAGAUCCUCAUUUCAUGAUCGAGCUCCCAGACAGAGACGACGCCCUGUGCUUUAACAUCAACGACAAACCAGGAACCAUUUUCAACCUGGUCAGAGACCUAAAACAAGGUAUUUUGGUCAAUGGUCAGAUCAUAGGUGACAAGAUGUUGCCGCCAGAUGGGAAAAUCAAUACCUACUUUUGGCGUUUUGGGAUCAUCCACCAGACUCUGGGGGUGAGGCUGAUGGUGAGCACUCAGGACAUCUCAGUGUUCCAGGACGGCCAGCUGGUCAAACUGCAGUGGUCGGAUUCAUCUUCACUCAAAGGACAGAAUGUGGAUAUUCUCUUGACCAAGGAUCGCAGCCUCACAGUGACUCUAAAAGAUUCUGUCAAAUUCGUCAUCCUGCUGCACAAAGUGUGGGAAAAGCACCCAUACCACCGGAACUACCUGGGUUUCUACACCCUGGACACUCACCUCCUGUCCCCUUCUGUUCACGGCCUGCUAGGUCAGUUUUACCAUGGCGUUGAAUUUGAGGUGUCCAGCCUGCGACCAGGGGAAGUUCCAGAGAAGCCAGAUGCCACCAUGUUUGUGAAAGGACAGGAGCUGAACGUGACCAGAGGCUGGCAGAGAGACUUCAGGAGGGAUGUGAAGAAUGGAGACAAUGUCCCCUGCUGGUUCAUUCACAAUAAUGGGACAGGACUCAUCGAUGGACAAGUGUCAGACUACAUUGUGUCAGGCCUUUUUAAAACAAUUUAAACACAUCAGUGUCUACAACAGAAAUAAUCUGAAUCACUUAUGGAUCAAUAGUCUUUAUUUCUGCCUAUGCUUAAAAGCUCUAACAUCAUGAACCCAAAGACAAAGGUAUUGUAACCACAGCACUGUGUGCACUAUUUCACAGUCAAUCAGUAUGAGUGCUGCACUUGUGAGAACGGAAAGUAGUAAUGCUGUCAUAAAAUGUGGAAGCAACCUCAGCAACCACUUGAGCUGAAAUAAAGAAGACACAGUUUCUCAA